AUGGCCCACCUCCUCUUGAAGCCUGGUGCUACACCUCGUUUUUGUAAGGCAAGAUCAGUACCUUUUGCCUUGCGGAAGAAAGUGGUAGCUCUGAACAACCAACUUCUUGUGGAUCAAUACCAAUUGCCUCGACUUGAAGAUCUAUUUGGCUCACUGGCUGCGGGGCAAAAGUUUACAAAAAUAGACUUAAAGCAAGCUUACCUGCAACUGCAAGUACACCCAGAUUCACGCCAUCUGUUGACCAUUAACACUCAUAAAGGAUUAUUCCAGUAUAACCGCAUGGUUUUUGGCAUAGCCCAAGCUCCAGCCAUCUGGCAGCGGAUCAUGAAUGAGUCUCAACUGGAGUUUUGUGCCCACACGGUGGACCGACAUGGGUUACACACUACUGAAGAAAAGGUUAAAGCCCUUACCCAUGCCCCUACCCCCCGGAAUGUCACUCAGCUCAGGUCCUACCUUGGCCUCCUAAAUUACUACCACCGUUUCUUGCCAAACCUAGCACACCAGCUCUACCCAUUACAUCGCUUACUGGAUGCAAGAGCUAAAUGGAUAUGGACAGACAAAUGUGAAGAAGCUUUUCGGCUUACUAAAGAACUCAUUCUGUCUUCUCUUUUCCUGUCUCAGAUAUUCUCUUAUGUUCAGACUGGAUGGCCAGAGAGAGUUUCAGGUGAAUUUCGUCCGUACUUUGCCAGAAAAUGUGAGCUUGUGACUAAUGCUGGUUGCCUACAAUGGGGCAAUAGAGUGAUUGUACCCCAGUACUUGCAAUCAACCAUGCUAAGGAUACUGCAUGAAGGCCAUCCUGGUGUGGUGCGCAUGAAGCAGCGAGCCCGGAGCUAUGUUUGGUGGCCACAAAUGGAUACGGCAAUUGAAGAUUAUGUUGCUCAAUGUCCUGGGUGCCGUCAAGCCCAGCGACCCCAAAAGAGAGGAACCCUGCAACCUUGGCCAUGGCCAACAGAACCGUGGUCCAGACUCCAUCUUGAUUUUGCUGGCCCCAUCCAGGGUAAAAUGUAUUUGAUCGUGGUAGAUGCGCAUUCAAAAUGGCCGGAGGUUUUUCAAAUGCCUUCUAUUACCUCAGCUGCUACCAUUCUAGUCUUAAGGAAGCUCUUUGCUCAAUAUGGCUUGCCAACAGCCAUAGUCUCCGACAAUGGAACUCAAUUUACAUCGCAUGAGUUUCAAUCCUUCCUUAGUGGCUUGGGCGUCCAACACUACAAAACAGCUCCUUAUCAUCCAGCUUCAAAUGGGCUGGCAGAACGAUUUGUGCAGACAUUUAAGAAGCACUUACUGUCCACUCUGGACCAGGUUGGACUGUCAGAAGAAAGCUGCUGGAAUUCUUGA